CAAGGGCCAAGGGCUCAGUUAUCGACACAAUCUUGGAACUUGAAGAUUUUUUAAGUGUCUACUUUUCAGUCCAAAAUGCGUCACAUGAACACCCUCUUGUCACGCCGCGCCUUUGGAGGGCUGGUGUGUCAUAUCCGUGGCUGCCAAGCCUUCAACUUUGGUGCCAUGUCAAAGGGCAACAUGUCAACAGGAGCCAGGCCAACGUCAAGCAGUAAGGACAUGAGGCUGGACCAAGUGCUUUCCCGCAGUUCUUCAACAACGGAGGUGUCACGAAACAGCAUUGCGUCCAAACCCAAGCACGAGGAGCUCCACGUAGAGCAAGGGGAAUGGCUCUGGCCUGUCGACAGCACGCAGCUGACUUUCAUCGAGGCUCACCGGGUUCCAGCUCGGCACACGGGCGCCUUCGCGACCCUCAACUCUGCCAAGCCCCUGAGGAUCGAACACGUCUCCGAGGUGCUCUUCCAUAUGCAGAGGAAACUCCCCAUUAACAAUGUCCGUGUAAUGGAAAGGGAUGGAAAUCUUUGGUGGCAAAAAAGAGAGAGCACCGACAUUGACUUCAAGGUCCUCGACAGAGGGAUGGAACACGAGGAUAUUCUUGAUGAUAUCUGGAGAGAAGGACUCCUUGUCGACACUCCCAAGCCAGUGUGGAGAGCCCGGCUGUCUCCGGCCGCCGAGGACGCCCCACACCCAAUGCCCGAACUCAAAGCCGCGUAUCCUUACCAGUACAACUUCAUGACGCUGACCCAUCAUGCAGUGAGUGAUGGCCUUACGGUCGCGUUCCUCACCCAGCUUUUCCUCAACCUGCUGAACGCGGUGAUCGACGGGCAGACGAUUGACGAUAAACCUUACGGGGUGUUUGUGUCGAAUGAAGACAUCGUCCGACAGGACAAGGCGAUUCAGGAGCAAUUGCGAAACGACCAGGAACGCUUCGAGACACUGAAAGCCGAAGUCCUGAACUCCAACAAGGAGCCGAUUCUCUUUAAAGCCUUUCCCCGACCGAGCGUCGACAAGCCAUCUUCCCGUCAGGUAACGAACUGCAUCGACUUCGAAACCCACAAGAGGAUCACCGAAAAGAGCAAGGAGGCUGGCGUCUCCUUCGGCACGGCCUUGCAAGCCUCGAUCAAUACUGCAAUAGUGGAGAUGGUGAGAGACGCAGGAGUGGACGACGAAUACCAUGACAUCAGCGUGAACGUCGCAGCAGACCUUCGAAGAUAUAUGAGGCGAGCGCCCGCGCCCGUGCUGGGUCUCCACGCCCGCACGAUGGCGCACCUCACACGUACGCACAAGAACACGCGCGACUGCUUCUGGGACUAUGCCAGGGAGCUCCACCAACAGCUCGCAGCUCAGAUCAAGUCGGGCGGAAUCCUGCAGCAGGAGGUCGUACGCCAAAUGGUCAUGCCGCAGAUCCAUCCUAAGGAUUAUUACGCAGGGUCUCCUAAAAUUAUUAGAGAUUAUGGCUUCAAUAAUGUUGGUGAUUUGACCAGAGUGAUUCCCGGAGAGGGAAAACACGUUCAGAUGACCGACCUGUUGCAGUACUCUCAAGUUGCCAAGUUCAUAUACCCUAUGCUGCACCAGCUGUUCACUUUCCGCGGAUCUUGCAAAUAUAUCAUCAGUUAUGCAACUGACUGCUUAUCUGAGGAAACAGCCCAGAUGACAUCUGCCAAAGUUAUGGAAAUCCUGCAACACAUCAGCAAGUAAUUGAGUAAUUGAGCUCUAAAGAGCCUUUACUGUUUUCUAUCAUCAAUGUCUCCACGGAAGCGAGGUGAAAAAGGCAAUAGGGUGCUCAUGUGGGUCGAUUAACAAAUACCAAUGAAUCUCCAGAUUGCUAGAAAUAGGCUUUACACAUACUCGGUACUUAAUUGUCAUUGAUUGAUUUUAAUGAGUCGAUAAGACAGAGCAAAUAUAUUAUGCGACUAGAAGUCUUAGGUUAAGUUAUUUUGACAACUGUGAAGAAAUGCUUUUAAAGCUCUUCAUGAUAUACUCUUUUUAUACGGGUUUUAUACAUAUUUCCGCUGAUCCUAGAAAAAAGGUCAGGUUAAAUAGCAAGUAAAUGAAAAUUCUACUGGUUAUAUAGCGGUAUCGAAAACAUUCCAAAACAAAUUAAGAAUCAUGUGAAUUCAGGACAGUUAUAGAUGCUAGUCAUAUAUGGAACUGUAUAUUUUACUAUUGUAAGGGGAUUUCAUUAAAAUAUUCAAGAAUUUAUAUUCAACAUUGAUAUAUUAAGAAGACGUACGAUCUAAUCGUGAUUUCUUUAUAUUAAUAUCUAAACUAAUGCCAAAACACAUCUAGAACUUCAUUUAAAAAGGACAAAGCGUUUCAGCUGCAUUUCAUUGACAAAUGAUACGAAGUGAUUCAGCUUCGUGUAUAUGUACAUGUUAUUUGCAAAUAAAAAAUAAAUUGCAA